AUGGCCGCGCAUCCAGACGCCUACGACCUCGACGACAUGUCGGGAAGCAAGACUGCUUCCGCUGUCCUCAGUCACGCUUCCCAGAAUGACUACCAGGACCGUGAUCAACUGGCACGACUAGGCAAGAAGUCGGUCCUCAGGCGUAACUUUGGCUUCCUGUCCACCGUCGGCUUCAGCUGUGCCGUCCUCAUCACCUGGGAGGGAACGUUGAUGAGCUUUGCGCCCGGCCUUCUCAACGGCGGUUCCGCGGGCCUCAUCUGGAGCUUCCUCAUCGUCUGGCUGUGCAACCUGAGCGUCUUUGCCACCCUGUCGGAGCUGCUCUCCAUCGCUCCCACCUCUGGUGGCCAGUAUCACUGGGUGGCCAUGCUGGCGCCGCGGUCGUGCUCCAAGUUCCUCAGCUACAUCACCGCCUGGUUGACCAUUGGCGGCUGGCAAGGCGCCUGUGCUUCUGUCGGAUUCCUCACCGGAACCAUGAUUCAGGGUCUGGUAAUCUUCACCAUUCCCUCCUACGAGCCCCAGCCGUACCAGGGCACCCUCUUGCUCUGGAUCGUCGUCUUCCUCGCCGUCCUCUGCAACACCGUCCUGAGCGCCCACCUGCCCAAGCUCGAGGGCAUGCUGCUCAUCGUGCACAUUCUGGGCUUCUUUGCCAUCAUAAUCCCCCUCGGUAUAUUUGGCACGCACGGCGAUGCCAGCACUGUCUUUACCACCUUUCACAAUGGCGGCAACUGGUCGACCCAGGUCUUGUCAAGCUUUGUCGGAGUUGUAGGCGUCGUGUUCUCAUUCGCAGGCGUUGACUGCACUUUCCAUAUGUGCGAGGAAGUCCGGAACCCGUCGGUUGUAGUUCCGCGCUCCAUCAUGAUCAGCACCUUGAUCAACGGCUCCCUCGGUCUCGCCAUCAUCAUUGCCAUGGCUUUUUGCAAUACUGAUAUCGAGGCGGCCCUGGCAUCUUCCACGGGGUAUCCCUUUAUAGAAAUCUUCUACCAGACUCUUGCCUCGCGGGCUGCGACCACUGCCCUGGCCUCCAUCAUCGUCUUCAUGACGCUGGCCUCGGUCAUUGGUGUCAUUGCCACCACGUCGCGAAUGUUCUGGGCCUUUGCCCGAGACCGUGGCCUGCCCUUUUGGCGAACCCUGUCAAAGGUGGACUCCACCACGUGUGUCCCGGUUUGGGCCAUCGCCACCACCAGCACCAUUUCCUGCCUCCUCGGGCUCAUCAACAUUGGUUCAAAGGUCGCCUACAACGCCCUCGUCUCUCUGUCCAUCUCCUCUCUGUACGGGUCGUACCUGGUGGCCGCCUCCCUGCUGCUCUAUCGUCGUUGCACCAAAGGCUUCCGCAUGCCCGACGCGUCUACACUGCCGGCUUUGGCCGAGACCUCGGGCCGGAAGCUGGUCUGGGGUUCGUGGCGUCUCCACGGCGCGUGGGGAAUCGCCAACAACGCCGUCAGCUGCAUCUACCUGACCACAGUCUUGUUCUUCAGCUUCUGGCCGCCAUCCUCCACAGUCACGCCAGAGACCAUGAACUUUAGUGUGCUGAUAACGGGGUCUCUGGUCAUAUUCAGCAUUGUGUAUUAUCUAGUCUGGGCCAAGAAGGACUACAAGGGCCCCAUCCUAGAAACCUAG